UUUUCAUUCACUCCACUCUCUAUUGCAAGCAACCCGCCUCUUCUCCGCCUUCUUCGCCCACACCACACCCAUAACUUGCGUAGUUUCCAUUUUCAAAAGCAGCAGCAGCAGCAGUUGCAGCAAGGAAAGAUAGUCGAGUUAAGAAAUGGGCGGGAGAGGAAGGUCUCGUACUCAGAGAAAACACUUCAGGCAGAGCAGGGAGAACGUGUGGAAACGUCCGAAAUCCGAUGAUGCAACUAAUGCCACGCCGGAUGAUGCCAACAAUGGCAGGGAUCCAGCUUGGGAGCCCUUUGCCACACAGAAUCCCGCCUUUGAUGAAUAUUACAAAGAGCAGGAAAUUGUGCCGGCUGAGGAGUGGGAUACUUUCAUUGAGUAUCUGAGAAAACCGCUUCCUGCUGCUUUCAGAAUCAAUUCCAGUAGUCAGUUUUAUGUGGAUAUUCGGUUGCAGUUGGAGAAUGACUUUAUGAAAUCUCUUCAGGCGGAGGACGCUGAUGGAAGUGAAGUGGAGGCAAUAAAACCGUUACCAUGGUACCCAGAUAAUCUUGCUUGGCAGUCAAAUUUUUCGAGGAACCAGUUGCGCAAGAAUCAAACCCUUGAGAGGUUUCAUGAGUUCUUGAAGCUAGAAAAUGAGAUUGGGAACAUCACGAGACAGGAAGCUGUUAGCAUGGUUCCCCCAUUGUUCCUUGAUGUACGUCCAGAUCAUUUUGUUCUUGACAUGUGUGCUGCACCGGGUUCAAAAACAUUUCAGUUACUGGAGAUGAUAUACAAGUUAACAGAACCAGGAACUUUACCCAGCGGGAUGGUGAUUGCAAAUGAUCUGGAUGUCCAAAGAUGUAACCUUCUAAUUCACCAAACAAAAAGAAUGUGUACAGCCAACUUGAUAGUCACUAAUCAUGAAGCACAACACUUCCCAAGCUGUCAUUUACAUAGGAAUCAACGUGGGGAUUCCCAGAUUGGAAAUAUUAGAGAACCUAGUAUUCGUCAGCUUCAGUUUGAUCGUGUCUUGUGUGAUGUCCCUUGUAGUGGUGAUGGAACUUUACGUAAGGCACCUGAUAUCUGGAGGAAGUGGAAUUCAGGCAUGGGUAAUGGUCUCCAUGGCCUACAAGUUCAGAUAGCAAUGCGAGGCUUAGCUUUGCUUAAAGUUGGUGGACGGAUGGUCUAUUCAACUUGCUCAAUGAAUCCAGUGGAGAAUGAGGCUGUGGUUGCUGAGGUUUUGCGAAGAUGUGGAGGAUCAAUUGAGCUUGUGGAUGUUUCCACUGAGCUUCCGCAGCUUGCUCGCAGGCCUGGUCUUAAGAAAUGGAAGGUUCGAGAUAAAGGGCUGUGGUUGGCAUCUUACAAAUAUGUCCCAAAAUAUCGAAGAUCUGUAGUAACUCCAGGCAUGUUUCCUUCUGGAAAAUCACAUGAGGAGACAUCUGAGCUUGAUCAUGAAACAGAACCCAGACAAUUUUGUGAGAAUGGUGAUGGCAAUCCUGAAAAUGGGAUCCAGGUAACGGAUGGUUCAGUAGCUCCAACAAACAGUGUGGAGGCAGAAGUCUCACCUCUACCUUUAGAACAUUGUAUGAGGAUAGUGCCUCAUGAUCAAAAUUCUGGGGCUUUCUUUAUUGCUGUUCUCCACAAGGUUUCCUCCCUCCCUGCCCCUGCGGCCACUGAGAAGAAACCCAGACCUUCUAAGGAAAUGGAUGCCAGUAGCACUCAACCUCAAGAACUGAUGGAUCAAGUGAAAGACGGCUCAAAUGGGGAUGAUAUUGAUUUAAGUGGUGAGAAAGAUGUCCAUCUUUCUGAAGCAACUCCAGCUGGCGAUUUACUUGAUACUGAAAUGCCAGAAGCUUCACUGGAUGCUAACCAGAACAAGGUAAACGAAGAAAAUGAUAGUGAAGCUAACCAGAACAACGUAAACGAAGAAAAUGAAAAGCAGGAUACUCGACCUUCACCUGAUGGGAAAGAUGAUGCCAAAAUGGUUGCGGGAAAAAGGAAGCUGCAAAUUCAGGGUAGAUGGAGGGGAGUAGACCCUGUUAUCUUCUACAAGGAGGAAGCUGUUGUGGGCAGGAUAAUGGAGUUUUAUGGAAUCAAGGAGUCCUUGCCAUUCAAAGGUCAUCUUAUUACAAGAAACAAUGAUAUGAACCAUGUCAAGAGAAUUUACUACAUAUCAAAUUCUGUGAAGGAAGUUCUUGAAUUGAACUUCCUAGCAGGCCAGCAGCUCAAGAUAGCUUCUGUGGGACUAAAGAUGUUUGAACGGCAAACCUCAAAAGAGGGGGCAUCCGCACCCUGUCUAUUCCGAAUUUCAUCUGAAGGCUUGCCACUGAUUCUUCCACAUAUAACCAAGCAAAUCCUAUAUGCAUCUGCAGUAGAUUUCAAGCAUCUUUUGCAGUACAAAAGUAUCAAAUUUCCAGAUUUUGUUGAUCCCGACUUUGGACAGAAGGCUUCAGAACUAAUGCUGGGUUGUUGUGUUGUCGUAUUGAAAAGAGAAGGCCAGGCCCCAUCAGAUUCUUCUCAAGAUUUUACGCCUAUUGCUAUCGGGUGUUGGAGAGGUAGGACUAACAUAUCUGUAAUGGUGACAGCGAUCGACUGCCAGGAACUGUUGGAAAGGGUGUCGAUGCUUCUGUUGACAAAGGAAGACUUGAAACCAGAGGGUGAUAAUCCCUCUAUUCCAGAGGCUGGUGAAGAAGGAAAAAUUAAUGGUUGUGAUAUUAAAGAAGACAGCACCGCAAUGGCACCCGGAACUCUUGACUGAAGCAUCGAUGUUUGAGAUUGUAUUGAUGCUAUUCGUAUUUUGCAAUUUUGGAUAACUGAUAUUUGUAAUUUGCAAUUCUGAAAAAAACAAUUUCCUACAGGGGAUCAUGGUCCUGGGACAGGAAUCAUGACUAGGUACUUCUUCCAGGGAAGCUUACUAGGUAGCCCUUACAUUACAUGUAG